AUGGGCGAGGAGGGAGUUCGCAGUCUGGGCUCCCCAGAUCGAAACUUCUCCCAUUUCACCAUCCAGUUGUCUAGCUGCUGUGAAGCCCUGGAUGCUAACCAGCAGUUACAGCAGGCCAUGGAGGAGCGGGCACAGCUGGAAGCAUAUCUGAGGCCCAUGAGGCUUUGUGAUGGAGUGGCUACAGUAUCUACAAAUGGAGAGACGAGUACGCUGAGUAUCUCCAUGGAGAGCAUGCCGUGUGUGGCAGAGGAUGCAGGAGAUUUUGGAGCAGUUCGCACAUUGAAGGAGGAGAAGAAGCAUGACAUGCAUCAGGUAGAGGAGCUGGAGACAAGCUCGGCUCCACUGCUCACCAUUGAACGAAGAACCAGAUGGCCCCCAGCAGGACCCUCGGAGGUGGAGCAGCAGCUACAAGCCAAGGUCAAGCCCCUGCAAAAGGAGCUGGAGAGUCUGGCAGGACAGCUCCAAGCCCAGGUGGAAGCCAAUGAGGGCUCGAGUCAGCUGAACUGGGAGCAGGAGGAGAGGCUGCGGGAGCGGAAAGCAGAGCUCUGGGAGAAGCAGGGAGAGGCGGGCAGGUCCUCCGUGCAGAAGGACCGCACCACCAUCAGCCACGCGCUCUCCCAGAAUCACCAGCUGGAGGAGCAGCUGGCCAAGGUGAAGCAGAUGUCUGUGGCCUGCAGUUUAAAUGAAUCUGGAAGCCAGCCACCAGCUGCCCUCAUGCCCAAGGACUUCCUGCAGGUGGAGCUGGAGAGCCAAGAGGCUCAGAGUCUGCAGCGGCAGCGAGACCAGUACCUGGGUCACCUGCAGCAGCACGUGGCUGCCUAUCAGCAGGUGACCUCUGAGAAGGAGGCGCUGCACAGGCAGUUACUGCUGCAGACCCAGCUCAUGGAUCAGCUGCAGCAGCAGGAAGCUCAGGGCAAAGCAGUGGCCGAGAUGGCCCGCCAAGAGCUGCAGGAGACUCAGGAGCGCCUGGAAUCUACCAGCCAGCAGAACCAGCAGCUACAGUCCCAGAUGAGCCUCAUGGCUCUCCCUGGGGAAGGUACGGGACACCACUCAGAGGAAGAGGAGAGAGAGGAGGAGGAGGGGCCUCAGCCCAUGCCGAGCAUCUUGGAGGACCUGGAGAGCCGGGAGGCCAUGGUGGCCUUUUUAAACUCGGCUUUAGUCAGUGCCAAGGAGGAAUAGCAGGCACAGCUACAUGGGCAGCUGAAAGAGCAAAGGGUGUGCUGCCAGCGCCUGGCUCACCCAGUGGCCUUGGCCCAGAAGGAGCCAGAGGCAGCUGCCCCAACCCCAGGGACUGGGGGCGAUUCUGCGUGUGGGGAGAUCCACCGGCCACAAUCGGAUUGA